CCGAAAGAAAAGAAUCAGUCUCGUAACUUUUGUCGGAUUUCCCCCAAAAAGGAAAAAAAAAAAGCUAAGAAGAAAGAAAAAAUGGCGGAUCAGCUCACCGAUGACCAGAUCUCAGAGUUCAAGGAAGCCUUUAGCCUCUUCGACAAGGAUGGUGACGGUUGCAUCACCACCAAGGAGCUCGGAACCGUGAUGAGGUCUCUAGGGCAAAACCCAACCGAAGCUGAGCUGCAAGACAUGAUCAACGAGGUCGAUGCAGACGGCAACGGUACCAUCGAUUUCCCCGAGUUCCUGAACCUGAUGGCGAGGAAAAUGAAGGACACUGACUCAGAGGAAGAGCUCAAGGAAGCCUUCAGGGUUUUCGACAAAGACCAGAACGGUUUCAUCUCUGCAGCUGAGCUUCGUCAUGUGAUGACUAACCUCGGGGAGAAGCUAACCGAUGAGGAAGUUGAUGAGAUGAUCCGUGAAGCUGAUGUUGAUGGUGAUGGUCAGAUCAACUAUGAUGAGUUCGUUAAAGUCAUGAUGGCUAAGUAAGUGAGUGAGUGUGAGAGAGAGAGUCUUACUAUCCCUUGUUUAAAAAAAGCCUUAACCUAAAAAGAAUGAUACAUUGGCUUUGAUUAUGGUUGUGUUCUUUAGGACAUGUUUUUGCUUCUUUUCUGUUUUAUUUGUCUGCUUCGGCUAAGCUAUCUCUUUAGUGUUAUGUCAAGUAUGAACUUCGUGUUUUGCUUAUCCUUUGACAAUUGAUAUUCUCUCUUCUUAUUUGUUUUAA